ACACAAGCACAACCACAGACACACAAACACGUUCACACACAGACACUUCACACACAAAACAACCCCUCCCCUAAGAUCCUGCAAUCUACGAGUCAGUUCUAAAAUUAUCUUCCCAGAGAUUAUUCAGCAAGGGAAUUUCCGUUUUUUACUUUAUGUGUGUGUAUUCUGUUGUUUUGGAUAUUCCCACGUCAUUGUUAAUGGACCUCCGUUGCAUCAGUCCUAUUUUAUGUUCAGCAGCGUCUGUUUAUACUCAGUCACCUUACAGGCGCGGUUAGUUUAGCCCCAGACUUUCAAUGUUUAAGGUGACCAGACAGUCCCGCUUUUGACCUCGUGUCCCGCCUGCUCAUCGGGCGGAACGCCCAAUGUCCCGCUUUCUGGCUUUCUGGCAAGUCCAUCAAAUGUCCCGGUUGUCUUUAAAAAUCACUUUCUUCGGCGUUCUUUGACGGUGACGACACCAUCAUCGGCACGUGUCCCGCUUUCGCCCCCGAAACAUCUGGUCACCUUAAAUGUGUCACCUGAGUUUUAUAGAUUCGUCAUUUUGUUAUCAUCUUCUUGUGAUGAUAUCCAAAAUUAACCACUACUGGGAUUUUUUGUGUUCAUCGCAUUUUCCGACAUGACGUCACGGAUUUUGUCUUGAGUGUCAAAAAACAACAGAUUUUGGUCGAGGUGAACUUUGACCUUGACUCUCACGCUGCUUGACAGUCACGACAGGGUCAAAUCCCUCUACAUGAAUAUUCAGCAGGAAAACUAGGAAGAAGAGUGGUUGUUUGAGAUGGCUGAUGAAGCCAUCAAUUUUCCAAGCUUAGGUAGCACAGGACCUUUAAGCAGUGGUCCUGAAAGCUCACUGUUUAUUAAUGACAGAGGAGAUCCGGAGUUGGUAAACAGUGCAGACAAAGAAAGAUUCCUGUGUCCAGUACAUCAUGGAUUGCUACGUGAUCCACGACAAACACCCUGUGGUCACCGUUUGUGUGCAAGUUGUGUGGAAGAUUAUUUGAAAGGAUCUGAAUCACGACGUUGUCCUGUAGGGGAAAGCGAUUGUGAACCUAUCACUCUACAAAAUGUCUUGCGUGACAACAGCUGUUCACGUGACAUGAAAAAGUUGAUGGUGUAUUGCCUGAACAAGUCACGUAAGUGCCCUCACAAGUGUAAAUACCAUGAAUUAAAGACCCAUAUAGAAUCCUGUGAAUAUGAAGACAUUGCUUGCAUUUAUGCGUCACGUGGCUGCACAGAGAAAUCAUUGAGGAAAGACUCUAUCAGUCACACUAGUGCUUGUCCCUUCAGACCAGUUCAAUGCAAGUUUUGUAACCUUGAGAUCAACCAUAAUCAGAUCCAGCAUCAUGAAAGUGAAGUGUGUCCUGAAAAAGAAACAGGAUGCCCUUUUGGCUGUGGAGAGAAGAAAGUGAAGCGUAAGGAGAUUAUGGACCACAGAGAUGUUUGUCCUAUACGUCCAAUGGAUUGUAAAUUCAAGGCAAUGGGCUGCAGCUUUGCUGGCAAGAAAGAUGAUGUAGAAAAGCAUGAAAAACAUGCGCAGGCUGAACAUCUGGAGCUGCUGACACGGAAGGUUGCAGAACUUGAGCUUAAAAGCAUGGACACUCAGAGUGCUCUUCAAACCAUAACAGUGCAGCGUGAUGAGCUACAACAGAGCCUGAGCUCAAUGCGAAGUCAAGACCCUAACCUCCAGGCCAUGCUGCACCAGCUGGAAGGACAAGGACGGGACUUCAGGCUCAAAUUGGUUGGUCUUCUUGAGCGCGUAAUUGUGCUGGAAAGGCGUGUGCCAGAACUAGCUGAGCGAAGAAAAGUGGAGGAAAUCGAGAGGAGUAUCACAACCAUCAACCAGCGCUUAGCACAGGUUCAGACUUCGGCUGGAAGUGGGACUGGUGGCCCUGUGACAGUACCACGCUAUGGCACUAUUAACGAUAUGGCAGAUGCAUUUUCAACUCAACUUAGUGCACAUGAUAGACAGCUAGGUGUGCAUGAUGUGCGCAUGGCAGAAAUGGACCUGCGCUUCCAGCUACUGGAGACGGCCUCGUAUGAUGGCAUGCUUGUGUGGAAAAUCCGAGAUUAUGAGCGCCGUAAGAGAGAUGCUGUCAAUGGGAGAACGCUUUCCUUGUACAGCCAACCUUUCUACACUGGAAGAUUUGGGUACAAAAUGUGUGCUCGAGUCUAUCUCAAUGGUGAUGGAAUGGGAAAGACUACGCACAUGUCCCUUUUCUUUGUCAUUAUGCGAGGAGAAUAUGAUGCCCUUCUGAACUGGCCUUUUCGGCAAAAGGUGACACUGACAUUACUGGAUCAGUCAGCAGAAAAACGUCAUCUCUCAGAUCACUUCCAGCCUGACCCAACAUCAUCUAGUUUUCAAAGACCUUCAGGAGAGAUGAAUGUAGCUAGUGGAUGUCCUUUGUUUGUUUCUCAUGCUGUACUGGAAAACCCAGCUAAUGGAUAUGUUAGAGAUGACACAAUAUUUAUUAAGAUUGCAGUGGACACAAUACCAAAUCCUUUUUGAAUGUAUUAAGGGAACAUUUUUUCUGUUUUAGUAUACC